UGUCAAUUGUCAUUGCUGUCAACUGUUAGAAGUGAAUUAAUUCAUUCAAUGAGUAAUUGCACGUUUUCUUUGUUUUUUAUCGAUUUAAUUAAUAAUUAUCAUUUAUAUAUAUCACUAUAAUGACAUACAAACGUAAGAAAUAUCACCACGGGGAUACUCAUCUCAAGAAACGUUGGAGAGUGCGCAACAGAAAAAAGGAUUUGGAUCAGAUUGACGUAGAUUUGAAAGAAGAAAACGCUGAGAAAUUACUCAACCAGAAUGUGGAUCUAGACUUACCUGGUGCAGCGCAACACUACUGCUUACAUUGUGCUCGGUACUUUAUCGACGAGCAAGCCCUUAACGAGCAUUUUAAGACAAAAGUACAUAAGCGGAGAUUAAAGGCUUUGGAGUUAGAGCCUUACAGCAUUGAGGAGUCAGAAAGGGCAGCUGGUCUUGGUAGUUUCAAGUUACCCACCAAAAGAAAAAUUGUGUCCCAAAACUCUAAUAAGUCUGACAUAGUCGAUAGAGACGGUGAUAUUGUUUUGGAAGAAGAAAGUCCCAAUAAAAAGAAGAAACCUGAUGAAAAUGCUACGUAA